AUGAAUAUCGUAUUCAUUAUUUUGUCUUUGAUAACAACCUAUAUUGGCGCUGCUGUAUGCAGCAAUGCGACGGAAAUAUCCGCUGAACGAGUGAGCAAUUACUGUUAUUAUUGUUCCAAUUGUCCACGACCAUUCAAUCCAGCAAGUCCAUAUGUUACAACAGCCCCUUCAAAUACUGGUUGGUGUGCCAUGAUGAGUGCUACCAGUUCACCCGAUGGCGCUUAUACUCGAGGUGUUGCUCAGCCUGGUCUCUGCUUUUCUAGCGGGUGCUCAUGGAAGACUGUGGCUGGACGUAGGACAUGGGUUUGUUGUUGUAAUAAUCAAGAUCUAUGUAAUGCAUAUGUUCCAUUAACUUGCUAUUAUUGCUCGACUUGUCCACGACCAUUCAGAUCUUCUAGUAUGUAUGUUACAAGAGUCUCUUCAACUACAGGAUGGUGUGCCAAGAUGAGCAGUAGCAGUUUACCAGAUGAAAUAUCUACACGAGGUAUUGCUCUGCCAGGUCUCUGCUUUUCUAAUGGGUGUUCAUGGAAGAAUGUGGCUGGGCGCAGUACAUGGGUUUGUUGUUGUAACAGAGACUUCUGCAAUACUGGUAUUUCUACCUCAAAGCCUAUGUUGAGCCUUUUGGCCGCUGCAUUGAUGAUGGUUAUCGCAGUUUUCAAGAAUAUUUAA